AUGUCAAAUGAAGCUGCAACAGAUAAAACAGACAAUCUACAAUUGCUUUCAGAUGCAUUUGCAAUUCGUGAUAAUCUGAGAAAGUGUUUAGCCAAGUCAAACGGUGUGGUAUCGAAUUAUUUCCAAGAAGAUGGAUUGGGUGAUUCGUUGAAAAAUGUUCUUGCAAUCAUUACGAAGCGGUUGAAGAAUCGAAGUGAGAAGCUUUGCUCAUAAUUGAACGCAUUCAUCAGUGUCAAUUAGUCAAGUGGAGCAUGAUCGAAUCGAUGAAGAGUUGGUUUCGCCGCCACUUCAAUGAAUGAUAUACUCUUAUGUCUUCAGCCAAACAGCUUAUUUUCCAUGUAGUCUGUCUAUCACCUUUCAUAUCUAAUAAAAUUUAUCGUUUGAA